AUCACACCUCAAUCAAAGCAUCAGACACGCGCCCGGGUCAAACAGCGCGAGCCUUUCGCCUAAAUGAUGCUGUUUGCGUCAGUAGAUUUAACUCCUUCUUUGCUGUUCAAACCUUUGCUGUUUUUUCUUUAAUGCAUCAUUCCCGACUCCAUUGAAAUGAAAGCUGUCCGUUUAUUCCCCAUUUUGAGUCAUUCACCUGUUUGACAUUUCAGCAGCUCACGUUGUUGUCCUGGACACUUAUAAUCCAGAAUAAAAAAAAAAGAUAAGACUUGCCUACUAUUUCAGAUUCAUUAACAGACUUCUCAGACACCCUCCAUUCAAAUAAAUAAGCAUGCUUCCUUUUUGGGUUUUAUAUUGAAACAAAAAAAUGGAAAUCACACACUUUUCUCCACUUCUGACAUGAAAAAGUGGCAGUUUAUUAAUAAUUAUUUUAAAUGUUUCUUCAUUUUUUAUUGUAACUAAUCAAAAUAACCCUUAAUAUUAAUUUCCUGUUAGUAUUUUUAGUCUUUUGAACGUAAAAUAGCAAAAAGCAUUUGCCAAAUGCUAUCAUCUUCCAAGGAAGUGCAUUUUUGGUGGGAAAAACAACAACCACAAUACAAACACCUGGGUCCCAAAAGAUUUAGGUUGGAUUUCAGGAACAAAAUAAAGCUUCAAAAUUGUUCAUAUAUUACAUAACCUGUACCAUGCAGUGCAUAUAAAAUUGUAGAAGAAGAGUAUUCUUUUAAGACAUUUGUAUAAACUAGAAACGAAGGGGGACGAUCAUUAUGAUCCAAAUUACAAUUUUUUGAGCUUUAGCAAAGGAUUUGGUAAUUGCUGUGAUGUUUUGUGAUUUGGUUAAUUUGUCUCACUCUUAAAUUAUACAUCCCAUUAGAUAAAGUGGCAUACAAAGUGUUAUUAUAUCAUAUAAAAUAUGAAAUCGAAAUGAACACAAAGUUGACAUCAUUACAGUCAAUCGCUAAUUCUUUCUUUUUGUUAAAUACUCAAAUAAGAUAGAAGCCUGGGCUUCAUCAGAACAUAUUUCUGAAAAUUACUUUCAUAUAUAGAAAUAUUCGUCAUUAAAUGACUUUAAUAACCCUAGAAUAUUUUUUAAAGGCACAGAGAGUCAAAGGUUCUGCAUGUAUGCCGGGAAUGACUCAUCUGUGACUGGUACGAUAAGCAGGUAAUUUUCCGUGCGUAAACAUGUCAGCCAAUCAGGACAGCCAUGCGUUUCUACGUCAGCACUCUUUCACGCGCUGUCACCUGAAGCUGUGAAACUCACCUGUGAGCGCGCACUGGGCUGGGCGCGGAAGCUCAACAUGUGGGGGUUCAUCUCGUACCUGAACAGCCCCGAGCUGGUGGCCGGCUUCCAGCGGGGCUGCGGUCUGGUUCCGAGAGACACGUGCUCGUAUGUUAGUCAAAACGGACUCGUACACUCGAAUGGAUCCGGUAAGGACGGACCGGUCACGAUCCACCGGCGCAAAGCGGAGCAGGUGGCGAACGGGACGUCACGCGCACACGACAGUAACUCCAACUAUAAAUCCGCCAGUUCACAGUAUGAAACCAAAGGCGAAGAACAUCACAGGCCUCAUUAUGAGGUGAGGAACUGGCUCUUCUACUUCCUGUUUGUGACAUCAGCCACUCUGGGGCAUGAGGUCUUUUACAUCACCUUCCUGCCCUGCAUCCACUGGAACCUCGACCCGUUUCUGUGCAGGCGGCUUGUCAAUGUGUGGGCUGUGGUGAUGUAUAUUGGGCAAGUGAUGAAGGAUAUUUUAAAGCUGCCGCGUCCUCCAUCUCCCCCCGUGGUCAAACUGGAGACGCGUGUGGACGCGGAGUACGGGAUGCCAUCCACUCACGCCAUGGCAGCGACGGCCAUCUCAUUUACACUGCUUCUCAGCGCUCAGGAGAGAGUGAAGUUCCCGUUUGAACUGGGACUGAUUGUGGCCGUGGUUCUGUCUGCGCUGGUGGGUCUGAGCCGUCUUUAUACCGGCAUGCACUCUGCUCUGGAUGUGAUCUGUGGUGUUUUAAUUUCCGCUGUCAUCAUGGCUGUGUCGUACCCAUACUGGGGAACCAUUGACUACCUGCAGCUGCACAAUCCUCUCUCCCCCGUGGUUGGGUUGGUUCUGCCCCUCUUCUUGGCCUAUAAGUACCCCGAGCUGGACCAUUACAGCACCACACGGGGGGACACCACCAUUAUUUUAGCGUGCUUUUCCGGAAGUUCAGUCGGAUACUGGGUGAAUGAGCGAUUGGGCUUGACCUUUGACCUAGCUGGGCCUUUUCCAGUGACCCUCCCACCGCUGACCCUCGUGGCCUUGGGUCUCGGUGUUGCACGGUUCCUGGUCGGGGUGGGGAUGCUGGUCCUGACCCGGCAGACGGUGCGCUGGGCGAGUCUGCGGGUGCUCUGUGAAAUUAACGGAGCGUCUGUGAGUGACGUUGAUGCACGCAGGAGGAAAGAGAUCGAGGUGCCGUAUAAGUUCAGCACGUAUGUUACCAUCGGACUGGUCAACAGUAUCUUAGUGAACAGAGUCUAUGUGAUGAUGGGACUCUGGGAUUUGGGAAAUUCAGUGUAAAUACACAGUGUUUACAGGCAAGUUUGAACAUAAUCUCACUCCGUAAUUCAUUCUGAGGGAGAAAUCCACUUGUAGUCUUUAUUCAGGAUUGGUUGGCACAUAUAAAUUAUCUAAUUGAACGGUAGUCUGUUAAACCUACUAGCUGUAUUUGAAAACCGAAGUACAUUUUGUGGCUUGAUUUUGAAGGGGGAAUAUUCUUGGUGAAAUACAAGCUAAAGGUGAACAGUGUAAUUUCUGUGUCACCAACUGAAAUCAGAAACGCUUACAAAUCAUUUGAAAAAUGACUAAUGCAAAUUUCCUUUAAGAGUUAACAUUUUUGUUUGUGAAAAAAUAGUGUAGUUUCCAGUUGCACCCUCCCAAAGUCAAUGUUUUUUUUUUAACAGGUUUUUGUGUUUACGGAAGAUAUUCUCACGUUUUAUUCUACAACAUAAAAUACCUUAAUAAUAGCCCACUGAUUUUUGUUUUCGAGCUUUUACUUGAAAAAGAUGGUUGCUUGCUACAAAGGUAUUGUGGGACACUAGACGUCAUCCCACCAAACAGAUAACCUCAUCUACUCACUAGUUCAUUCACAGCCUCAAUAUGAUUAGAAUCACACUCUUGCAAACGAUUCUAACUCAAACGAAUCAACUAAGGAUUGAAACGCCACUGGUCAAGUCUGUGCUGACAUUGAUCAUUAAAUAGUCAAGUUUCGAUCAUACUUUUUGUGUGGGAUAAUUCAAUGUAUGCCUGGAAUAUUAUGUUAUAUUAUAUAUUUUAACAUUACACAUUUCACCUCUAUAGGAAACUGUUGAUUCCUACUUUCACCCAUAACUUAAGUCAGUGGUGCAAAGUUAUGGUCGUUGCCCAAUAGUCUUCCAAUCUAAAAGCAUUUUUUAUCAGGUAAAACUGUUAGACAAAUUGAUAUUAUUUUCUGAGGUAAUAAGAGUAAAUGGAUAUAACAUGGCUUUUUUUUUUAAAGUGUUGCAUGAAAAGUUAGAUUUUGCAUUUAAACCCACAGAGUAGAUACAAUCACUUUUACCAUUGUUGAGGGAUUUCAGUGGCCCUCAAAAUAUUGCUCAAAUUUUGCGGAUGUGGUCGCAGUGCGGUCCUUGAAGAAAAAGGUCUGAGUUCAGUUUUGUGACAUCACAAUGACAAUGCAAAAAGAUAGAUGAUGAUGUUAGUGAUCACAGAUGAUGUUUAAUAAUUACCAUUUUUACCAACACAGUGAUUUUGACUGCCUCAAAUCUGUUUUUUGUUUUGUUAUGUUAUUCAUUUGGUAUUUAUUACAAAAUACUGAAGAACAUUAUUUGUAAUUUGAGUUGCCAGGUAUGAUACUCAGGAUGUGUGUUUAUGAGCUUUUACAGAUGUGGUAAAAGAAAUGAAUAAACACAGUAAAAACGG